AUGGCUCCCACCAAAGAUCAGAUCGCGGCCCUCCUCCAGCAGAACCCUCUGCACAAGCACGUCCAGAAGGACGACCCGGGCUCGCUCCUCCAUUUCGGCGGCCUCGAGGACCUCUUCACUGACAACAUCCACAUCUCUAUCCCCGGUCUGGGUAUUGAUAUCCAUGGCUCGGAGGCCCUGAGCGCGAGCAGCGCGCAUCCCGAUGUCCCCCCUCUGACCGACAUCAUCAACACCGACCACCCCGUCGAGGCUCUGCCUCCUCACAUCAUCGGUGGCGGCGACGAUGACUGGGCUGUUGCUAUCCUGGGUAGCAAGGCGACGACUCACUCUGGCGAGCCAUGGAACCACGAGACUGUCGGUCUGAUCCACUUCACCCCUGAGGGCAAAAUCGAUGCGGUCAAGGCCUACAUCGAUACUCAGCACGUUGUCAAGCACCUCGACGCCCAUAAGAAGUAG